GAAUGAAUUAGGGUAGUCACAUGUGAUACACUUAUAGAGAGAGGUAUAUCAUUCACGAUGCAAGUUUUAGAGAGAGAAACUGUUUUCUAGAGAGAGAAACUGAUAGUGUUUUUUUUCAUCUUUUUGUUGUUGUUGAAGUUGCUAGCAUUGUUGUGGAAAUUUCAAAAAGCUAUGUUUUUAGGUGGCGUUGUUGCUGUUACUCUGAAGAAAUGAAGCUAUGAAAGUUUUCAGUUCGUUUGUUCUAUGCUCAGAUUUUGAUAAGAUUUGGGGAAUUUUUAGGAACCCUAAGUUUUGAAUCUGGUGAUUUGUUAUUCUGAGAACAAUUUCUGAUGAAUUUGUAGGAACCUUUUUGUGUUGUUUAUGACGAUGGCUUUGUGAAUUUAUUUUCUUGAGAAUGGGUAGGGUUGGAUUCGAUCUGUGAAAAAGGGUUUCCUUUUCUCUUUGAAGUGCUUUGGGUAACUGAAAUGAAAUUCGUCAACCAGUUAAUUAUGGCUGAAGAUACAUGUUACUUCAUAACUUUGUUAACAGUAUGCAAGAUGCAGCUUUUGUAAUGGAGGUAACAUGUAGACCAGUAAUAAAAGUUGUGAAGUGAAACUGCACUAGUCAGCAACAAAAUGGAACAUUUAUGUGAUGAUAACUUCGAAGGAUCUAGUGAAGAAAGAAAGAUUUUUACAGACGUCUUUUUUGGUAAUAACACUUUUCAGUUUAGUCAGAAGCGUGUUGUUUCUGGGGUCAUCGACCUUGAACAUGAAUCCAAUAAAAACACAUUGAAAUCAUUUGGCUCUAGUAAUGAAAACUCAUUCAUAUUGCGUCCCUCGUCUUCAAGAUUUACACAUCCCGAGGAGGACAUUAGUGUAAUUCAGCAUUCCAAAGAGACUGCUGCUAUGGGGUGUUUUCCAGAGAGUUUCACUUGUGAAGACCAGAAUGAUGUGGAUGUAAAUGUCAAACGCAUGAAAUUUUCUCUGCAUGAACCUCCUUGUAGUAGAUCUAACUCAGAAGAUGUUUUGGUUUCAUCUGCAAUUCCAAAAGUAGUAGUUUCUAACUUGGAUUGUGCUGCUACAGACUGUGAUAGUGAACCAAUUGCAUUUCGUACAGUUGAAUCAUCUAAACACGGUGUAAUAUCUAGUUGCUAUGUAUUGAAACAUAACAUGGUGCAAAAUAAGCAAGUUUCUAACGAUGAUGUAGAUGUUACAAAUUGUAAAUCUAAAACAGAAGAUGGGAACAUUGCAAAAGAGGUGUCUGUAAGUAAGGUAGUUGCUUCUCCUGUUUCCCAGGAGAGCUCUGCAAACAGGCUGGUAGUUACAAGUCCAUCAAUCACUGUUGUGAAAAAGUCCAAGUCUCCUUUAAAAACCGAGGAAAUGCCGGAAGGGUUUCAAUCUUCUAAUAUGGAUGUCUCAAAUUCAUUGUCAAAGAUAGACAAAGAGGAUACCCGUUCUUUACUGCACUUUCAUGUUAUGCAGUUGUUUACGAUGUCAGGCAUUUCUGUUGAGAAGCAUCAACGACCCUGUAGGCGGUACAUGGAGUCGCUCUACAGGACACCGAAGGGAAAGCCUAUUCGGGAAUUUACAAAAGCAUGGAAAUUAUGCAGCCAACUUUUGUCUGUUGAAAAAUACAAUGUAUCAUAUGGAGGUCGUAAGGAAUGGACCAAUACCAGUGAAUUAUGGUCUGAUCUAUCGAGUGCACUAAAAAAUAUUGAAAAGUCAAAAACCCAGUCAGAAACUGCACCUAUGUUGGCUUAUCAGUGGUGGAUUUUGGAUCCUUUUGUUGUAGUUAUAUAUAUUGAUAGAAAGAUUGGUGCUCUGAAAAGGGGAGAGGUAAUAAAAGCAACUUCAAGUUUCGCUUCUAGCAAGUAUAACAUGGCACGUGCUCCAGUUGAUUCAGCCUGCGAGGAUAGUUUUGGUGCUCAUUCUGAUCAAAAGCACGACCAAGCCAUUUUAUGUGACUCUUCAACAGCCACCGAAACAACAAAAACCGCUUCUGUGAUAAACUAUGAUGCCUGUAAUCAGAAAUCUGAUGGAAACCAGGAAGAUAUGUAUGUUGUAGAACAUAAACCUAACAUUAUAGAAAAUCGAUGUAGCACUAUUACCCAUUCAAGUGCUUCCUCUUUGGAUGUUUUUACCAGCUCUGGAAAUUUGGACCUGGAAUCUAAAGUAAAUCCUGUUCAUCAAACUAAACUUAGAAGUUCCAAAAGCUUUGAUAAGCACACAUUGGAAAAUCGGUCUGAAUGUAGUGAGGAAGAGGGGAGGAAAAUCUCAAUAGCUUCUGUAUUUGGGAAAGAUAGUACCUGGUCCGGCUCUAAUGGUAUUCUUAAAAAGAAAAUGCGGAGGAAGUGCAAAAGGAUAUCUCAAAUCAAACUGAGUAUGUUAUACCAUAGUGACGUGCUGGGCUCAACUGUUACUGACCAGGUACAGUCACUGAAUGGUGAUGCGUGCGACACUCAGGAUCGGUCGGAGGAAGUUCAGGAUUGUGUAGUUGACAGUGUUGGGAAAAAAGGGAACCAAAGGAAGUUAUCAGGCAGUUCAAUCCAGAGAAAUAUCAGGAAAACAAACAAUAAGUCCAAUGGAUGCCAGAUUGAAGAUGACGAUCUAUUGGUGUCAGCAAUAUUCAAGAAUAAGGACUUCAGCCCAAAGAUAAUCCGAGGUAAUUCUAGAGCUAAGUCCGGAAGAUCAAGGGGUUUGAGAAAGCUUAAAAGCCAUAAAGGCCGUUGCAGGUUGUUACCAAGGAACCCUUGCAAUGGAGGGAAGCAGAAUAAGGAUGGGAAGAAGUAUUAUCUCGGGGCAAGGACACUCUUGUCCUGGUUGAUUGAGAAUGGAGUCAUAUCUUUAAAUGAUGUCAUUCAAUACCGAAACCCUAAAGAUAAUUCUGUCACUAAGGAUGGUAGGAUCACCAAAGAUGGAAUUGUUUGUAAGUGUUGCAGUAAGGUGCUUACAUUGUCAGAGUUCAAGAUUCAUGCUGGGUUUGCAUUGAGUCGCCCUUGCUUGAACCUUUUCAUGGGGUCUGGUGAGCCCUUUACACUUUGCCUCCUUCAAGCUUGGUCGGCUGAAUACAAAGCUAGGAAAAGUCAAAAUCAAGCUGUGAAUGUUGUUGAUAAUGACAGAAAUGAUGACUCGUGCGGGUUGUGUGGUGAGGGAGGCGAGCUGAUAUGUUGUGAUAGCUGUCCGUCUACUUUUCACCUGGCUUGUUUAUCCGUCCAGGAGAUCCCUGAUGGCAACUGGUACUGCAUAAACUGCACUUGUCGAAUUUGUGGAAAUUUGGUUAACGAUAAAGAGGCUUUGGAUGCACAUGGUUCAUUACAAUGUUCACAAUGCGAACAUAAAUAUCAUGAGAAAUGCCUAGGAGAAGGAGAUAAACAAGGAGCAGUUUCAGACUCUUGGUUUUGUGGUCAGAGUUGUCAGGAGGUAUACUCCAGUCUACAAUCUCAAGUGGGGCUAGUUAAUCAAGUUGCUGAUGGCUUCUCAUGGACGCUUCUUAGAUGCAUACACGAUGACCAAAAGGUUCAUUCGGCCCAGUGGUUUGCCCUAAAGGCACUAUGCAAUACAAAAUUAGCUGUUGCCCUUACCAUCAUGGAAGAGUGUUUCUUGUCAAUGUUAGAUCCAAGAACAGGCAUUCACAUGAUACCCCAAGUUUUAUACAAUUGGGGGUCUGAGUUUGCUCGUCUGAAUUUUCAAGGGUUUUACACCGUGGUGUUGGAGAAACAGGACGUUUUAAUAUCUGUAGCAUCAAUCAGGGUGCAUGGAACUACAGCUGCAGAGAUGCCUCUAAUUGCAACUUGCAGUCGGUAUCGUCGCCAAGGAAUGUGCCGACUCCUUGUGAACUCAAUUGAAGAGAUAUUGAUAUCUGUCAAGGUAGAAAAGCUUGUGGUAUCAGCCAUUCCUGAUUUGGUGGAGACAUGGACUAAGGGCUUCGGUUUCGUACCUGUUGAUGACAUGGAAAAGCGGCGAUUGAAAAAAAACAAUUUAAUGGUUUUUCCUGGAACAGUGUUACUUGAAAAGUCCUUGUAUGGCAAGAGAAGCGAAGGACUAUGUAAUCAAUCCACUUUAGCAACAGAUGAAUCCUUCAAAGUAGGUAUCUGUCCUGAAGGAGUCGCCGCCAUAGCCGAAUCAUCACCGCAAGAUGUUGGAAACAAUGAAGUCGAUGCUAAGUCAGAAUAUGAACCUAUGGACUGCAAAAACCAACCAGACAAUAGGGCUGGCAGUGAAACCAGCAGAGAUGAUAAUACUCGAGCUGUUGAAACUGUAUUAGAAGGCAAAGAAUCAACAGAGACAAGUAAGUCUUUUGGUGAAGAGAAAAUCAUGCCUUUGAUGGUGUCGGGUGGAUCAGAAAAAUCUAUUGAAGAAAACAAUGUGCAGGAAUUGAGAACAAACAACAAAAUGCAAAUGGCUAGCGAGUUUUUACGACAGUCUUUUGAGAACUGUUGUGCCAACAAAGAUGGUACUGAACCAGGUGUAAGACUUAUUGAGGACAAGAAUAUCAAAAUAGGUGAAGUUGAGGAAAAUGCUUUGCAUGGACAUGUUUCAAAUGUGUCCUGCAAAACAUUUUCGGGCAACAAUUUUGACACAGAUUCUAAUUUUGAUUGCUCAGUGAUGUAUGAUGGACCAGCUAUUUUUGGAACAUUAGCUAAGUCUGCAAAAUCAAUGGAAAGUUGAAAGCAAGUUAGAUAAAUGGUGUAAUGCUUUUAACAAACUUGUUAUCUAGUAGUAUAUAGUAGGUAAACCUACCGUUAAUUAUGAAAACACAACUUGGUUUCAAGAUAA